CCUGCCGAGGCUUGUCUCCAGGACCCUGCUACUUUGUGGCGGUGACGUCAUUCUGCGCCAACGCGCGGAUGGAGGAGUCAUUCCCGGACGGCCAUGAAAGCAGGAGGAGCGCUGUUCUCAAGGCUGCACCGGGGAGCAGGUCGGCCCGCCAUGCACUGCGUGUAACAGAGCAGAAGUUGCAGUUCUGAGUUGGUGCAGUUCUGAGUUGGCGCAGUAAAACCCUGAGCUUGAUGAUCAGUCUGCUUGAGCACAGUUGACUGAGAAACUAAAUAUGGAUCGAGGAAGAGGCCAAAGGGACAGUGCAGGUAUAAGCAGGAACAUUUACCCGCAGCAGUACAGCUACCCCUCUACACAGAAUUUAGAGAUACAAGAGUUAGCAUCUAAACGAGUUGACAUUCAGAAAAAAAGGUUUUACUUGGAUGUCAAGCAGAGUGCUCGUGGUCGUUUUUUAAAGAUUGCAGAAGUCUGGAUUGGUAGAGGACGACAGGAUAAUAUUAGAAAAAGCAAGUUGACUUUAUCAUUGUCUGUGGCUGCCGAAUUAAAGGAUUGCUUAGGAGAUUUUAUUGAGCACUAUGCUCAUCUGGGUCUUCGAAGCAGUCAUUCUCAAAGGAGUGAUCAUGGAAGUGAAAAAGAGCAUGAUUCUAGGAGGAGGCCUCAUCCAGCCUCACCUUCAGGUUCUGUUGGAUCAGAAGAACCGGCAACACACAGCGUUCUUAAAACUGAAUAUAUUGAACGAGACAAUAGGAAAUAUUAUUUAGACCUUAAAGAGAAUCAACGUGGCAGAUUUUUAAGGAUUAGACAAACGAUGACUAGAGGGCCUGGAAUGAUUGGUUAUUUUGGCCAGAGUUUGGGUCAGGAGCAGACCAUAGUUUUGCCAGCGCAAGGUAUGAUUGAAUUUAGAGAUGCAUUGGUUCAGUUAAUUGAAGAUUAUGGAGAAGGAGAUAUAGAAGAACGACGAGGAGGUGGUGAUGAACCCCCAGAGCUUCCAGAAGGAACAUCUUUCCGUGUGGACAAUAAGAGGUUCUACUUCGAUGUGGGCUCCAACCGUUAUGGCAUAUUCUUGAGGAAUUAAUGGCACUGUUAGCCUGGAACUAUAGAACUGGCAUAGCCAUUAAAAGUAAGUUCACUUACAGAUAAUUAUACUAAAGUUAAGGGAUAUUGUAAAUUGUCAUUUACAUGAAUUGAAUGGGAAUUAUACAUAAGUGCUUGUUUGCACAGUGGUGAAAACAUUGGGCCUCAUUUACUAAGGCUUUUCUGUGUCAUGCGCCAUAAUUUCUACUAACUCUCCACUUAGAGAACCCAAAAAGGGGCAAGGCUGUCGGGAAAAGGGGUUGUGGCCACUGAAAAGGGGCAUGUCCCUGACAGUUUAGAAAAAUCCCAACAAAUUUUUUUAAUCUUACCACAUAAAAUGUGGUGGAUUUGAGCUCUGUAACCAGCCCCCCCCCCCAUAUAUAACUUAUCCCCUAUACUUUGGAUACAUUAGUUAUGUUUCACUGCACUAGUCCAUUAAGCCACAAUGGAUACUUAAAGGAGUAGUCCAGUGGUAAACAAGUGGUGAACAACUUAUCCCCUAUCCUAAGGAUAGGGGAUAAGUCGCAGAUCAUGGGGGGUCCGACCGCUGGGGCCCCCCCGUGAUCUCCUGUACGGGGCCUCCGACAGCCCGCGCAAAGGGGGAGUGUCGACCACUGCAUGAAGCGGCGGCCGACAUGCCCCCUCAAAACAACUCUAUGGCAGAGCCGGAGAGCUGCCUUCGGCAAUCUCCGGCUCUGCCAUAGCGAUGUAUUGAGGGGGCGUGUCUGCCGCCGCUUCGUGCGGUGGUCGACACCCGCUAUCUGGCCGGAGAGCCUGGCCCCCGUACAGAGAGAUCGCGGGGGGCCCCAGCAGUCAGACCCCCCGCAAUCUCAAACUUAUCCCCUAUCCUUAGGAUAGGGGAUACGUUUUUCACCACUGGACUACCCCUUUAAACAAAUAGCACAAAGAUACAAUUAAAAAUUCAAGAUUUAACUGAAUAAGAAAUUGAACUGUAUGAAGAAUACAUGCAGUUACGUAUCUGUAUGACAGUCCUCACAAGCUGCAUAUGCUUUACUGACCCUGAAUAAGCUUAAUAUAAAACAAUUACACAAAUAAAUUUAUUGCAGAAACUGUAUUUAAUGUAGUUGUAAAACUCUUGUUUUUAGGGAGAUUACCUAGAAAUAUGCAUUGUGUCUUUAUUGCUCUUUAUUCUGAUGCCAAUGAGUGGGUGUUGUCAACCAGGACAGUGCGUCAUUAGAAGAAGGAAGCCACAGGGACUAGGGGCUAUCAGAAUUGCAGUUUCAAGGGAGCAUAGCUGGAGAUGAUGGUUUAUUUGCUGUUUUUAGCUGUGUUCUUAGCUUCUGGGGAGGCCUCUGGCUUUGCAUACCUUCCCAGUCAGUUUCAAAGACUCCUAGUGGGAGUGAAACACUGACUUUAAGGAAAAGCUACCCAGAAAAGAUGGCGUGUGAGAGCUGCUUUUCAUAUCCUUUCGGGUAACUACUUCUACUCUAGAAUACCCCUUUAAUGACUAAAGACCUUUUAAAGACACCUGUUGCAUAUUUGCAACAUUUUCAACUAAUGUAUCAAAGAACAAGUGUUACAAAUACAUACACUUCAAUACCUAGAUAUUUCAUAAAGAAAUUUUUAUUGUGACCAAAUCUUAAUUGAUCUAAAAAGUUUUUUUUUUUAAGACUUCAGUUAAGUAAAUUUUCUUACUUUAUCUGAAAGCUCUGAAGGGAACCUGUCAGGCUUCCUAUGCCCUAUUAGCUCUCCCAGUACAUUUUAGGUGCAGGACACAGCAUCUCCCUCAAUUCACAAUCAAGGGUGAGUGGGAGGAGGAAGAGCUAAUAGAUUUAGGGAACUGGACAGGUUCCCAUUUUAAAAUGUUCAUGAUAAAAAAAGAAAAACAAGAUAAAUGGGUUAUCCAGGAUUAGAAAAAUAUGAUACAUGUAAAUGCUUUACAAAAUAUUUCUUAUGGUGCUUAAUUUUUAAUAAACAUAUUUACGGUUCUGUUUACAACUGCGACAUAGGCUCUGAUGUGCAGAUUCCAUAAUUCCUGACUGGAAAUAUAGCCCUGCAUGCAGCGAUAAUUUCCAAAGCAGCUUUACUCAUGUUUUUACUACAGUCGAGAUUGAGGGAUUGAUCCGUGCCAAGAGAGAUCACUGAGCUUUUGAAAUUUAGCUUUUUUUGCUGUUGUAUCACUGCUUUCCCAAAUCUGGCCAUAGGUCCUAAGACCUCCGCCUAAGCAAAAUAUUUGAAUUAUAUCUCCUCUACAUUGAAGAGGUUAUACUGGGCACAAAUUAUUCAUCAACAUAAGAUCAGUACGGAGCAAGCCUGCCAAUCAACUUUGUCAGAGCCUCAGUAUUGCCAUACAUGAAACAGGACUGGAAGCAGAUGGCUCUGUACAAUAUAUAGUGGCCAUUCUUGGUUACUGCACCUCUGCUUUUAUUCACUUCAAAGGGAACGAAGCUGUAGUAACUCAGCUUGACCACUGCACAAUGUUUGGAGCUGCCUUUUCACUGUGUAGACCCUACCAUACCUCUGACAAACAACUGAUUGGUGGGUGGGCCAGGUGUCCAUACCUCAAUGAUCUGAUAUUGGUGUCCUAUCUUAAGGAUAGGUCAUCAGUUAAUUUUGCCUGGAAAUCCCCUUUAAAUUUUCAUGUGUAUCUGACAAUAUAUGAAUGUUAAAAGCGGCUCUAUCCAUGGCCAACAUGAAACCAGCAGAGGGAGAGCAUUCUGUACUCUGUAAGGUGUGUUAACCUGGCAAGUUUGCAUUUUUUAUUUUUUCAAAUUUUUAAAAGUUACAAAAAUUGUAAUGCACUUUAUCUAAAAAUCAGCAUUAUGCCCUUGUGGUGCUCCCUUACAUGCAUUAUCGUCAACAGUUUUGUGUCAGGUCCAAAUUCAACAAGUUGUGACCUUUAAAACAAAUAAAAACACAUUUCUUUUCAGGAUUGUAUUGUCUGUUACCUAGAAUGCCUUGUACUACUUAUCCCAACUAAACCCUUUUCAAUUCUGUCUAAUGCCUUUUACCUUACCUGAAGAAAACAGGGUAGUGAAAAUACUUAUUUCUUUAGAUAGGUGACAUGGUUAUCUUUUGCAUUGCAGCUAGAACAUAGUUGGGUCCAGCACACACCUAGUGAAGUCUGUAUUGGCCACUUUAGUGGAAGAGAGAGGCAUAAAAAUAAAUGUCCGCUUACCGGAUAUUGUUACGCUCUGUGAAACACCUCCUUGGGCAUGUAGCCAGAUAAAUGGUCAGCAGUCUUGUGGUUCCGCUAUUACUUCCAGCAGCCAGACCAGUCUUAAAAAAUAUGGCAUUCUAGUUAAGCCAAUAGCACAUCCCCGAUAAACAUGUCAGGGGAUAAGUGUCUGUUUGCAGUGGUCUAACCGCCAGAACCUUUCACAUGAACUCUAGACCAAGGAAUGGCAAAGAGGGUCACCGAUGUGCACCGCUGCUCCAUUUAUUGUCUGAGUGCUUCUGUAGAGUACAGCACUUGGCUAUGUCUAGCAGCUCCCAUAGACAGCCAGUGGAGUAGUGGCGCAAGUGUGACCCACAGCUCCAUUCUAACAGAAAAAUUGGGUCUCCAUUCUUGAGAUUGGGGGGGAGGGGGGUCCUAGCAGUUGGACCUGUGAAUAGGGGAUACAUGUAAUAGGCUAGUAUGCCCUUUUAAUUGAAUCAUUGAGUACUAAUUUUACAUCUUCACAAAAAAAAAUUAACUGUCCUAUUAACCUGUAAUUGUUUUUACUGCUGCAGUUUUAAUAGCAAGUUACCUAUAGAUUUUAUAUAAAAGGGCUUGUCCAAAAAAAUCCUUUAGUGCUGCAAAACAUCUAGUUUCUGUAGUAGAUUUUUUUUGUGAUAUUAUAAAAAAUAUUUUUAAUAUAUUUUCACACCAACAAGAGGAAUUAUAUUAUAGAGAAUAUUAUAUAAGAUUGUUAACUUUCUUGCACUAUUACAUUUGGCCAUGUAGAUGUCUGUAGUUUUUUGUUUUACACGUGUUUGUAUAUGUGUGUGUGUGUGUGUGUAUAUCUACCCAGUGCAAUAAACUUAUUUCUAUACCAAGAUAUUACAAGGGGAGAAGUCUUUAUACAAUUUACCAUUUAUCCAGACAAAGCUUUUACAAAAGUGUAUAGGUUACAAACAAGGGUGCACAAUAGACGCAGCCUAUGCAGCUAAUUUGAGUGUGAACCAUUGGGACCUAUUUAUCUUCAGGUAGUGCAAAAAGGAGCAGGAAACCAGACUGUCAUGUGACCCUAAACUACUGGGAUAAAGAUCGCAUGAACAAGCACUAGAUAGAAGCUAGUAUCAAAGCUGUUGUGUGCAGAGAUUAAUGGAACAGUUUUCAGAACCUUGCAUGGUUUUUACAACUAGAAACUGUUAUAAACAUAAUUCUAGAACCAGAUAUAAUAAUAAUUAUGACUAGCUAAGGCCCCUUUCACACUAUAAAAAUUCAUCCAUAAUGAAUGUCUGCCAUAAAAAUCUUGAAAAUCGGCCGUUAAAUAGCCGUUAGAAAAUCCCUAACAGCCAUUAGAAAAUUCCAUUAUAGUCUAUGGGAUUCUUACAAUAGCCGUUUAACCCGUUA